GGGUGGUCCCACGUGAUUGGAGGUCCCGGGUCCAACAUGGCGGCCUCCAUGGGUCGCUGGCUUGUCUUCCUCUUUGCGCUGCUCGGCUUCCUCCGGGAGGCGACCAGCAGCCUCGGCUCGGGGGCCUCCCGCGACGAUGACUUGCUGCUGCCCUACUCCCACGCGCGCGCGCGCUUCGCCCGGGACUGCACGAGGGUGCGCGCCGGCAGCCGUGAGCACGAGAGCUGGCCACCUACCCCGGCGACCCCCAGCCCCCGCGGUCUGGCGGUGCGCACCUUCGUUUCACACUUCUCGGACCGCGCGGUGGCUGGCCAUCUGACGCGGGCAGCGGAGCCCCUGCGUACCUUCUCGGUGCUGGAGCCCGGUGGGUCCGGCGGCUGCGCUUCGAGGCGCCGCGCCACCGUGGAGGAGACGGCGAGGGCGGCUGGCUGCAGCGUCGCCCAGAACGGCGGCUUCUUCCGCAUGGACACGGGCGAGUGCCUGGGGAACGUGGUGAGCGACGGGCGCCCGGUGAGCAGCGCCGGGGGGCUGCAGAACGCGCAGUUCGGGAUCCGCCGCGACGGGACCCUGGUCACCGGGUACCUGUCUGAAGAGGAGGUGCUGGACACUAAGAACCCAUUUGUGCAACUGCUGAGUGGGGUCGUGUGGCUGAUCCGCAAUGGAAGUGUCUACAUCAACGAGAGCCAGGCGGCCGAGUGUGAUGAGACACAGGAGACAGGCUCUUUUAGCAAAUUUGUGAAUGUGAUGUCAGCCAGGACGGCAGUGGGACAUGACCGGAAGGGGCAGCUGGUGUUCUUCCACGCAGAUGGGCAGACGGAGCAGCGGGGCAUUAACCUGUGGGAGAUGGCAGAGUUUUUGCUGAAACAGGAUGUGGUCAACGCCAUCAACCUCGAUGGAGGGGGCUCCGCUACCUUCGUGCUCAAUGGGACCUUGGCCAGUUACCCAUCAGAUCACUGCCAGGACAACAUGUGGCGCUGUCCGCGCCGCGUGUCUACUGUGGUGUGUUUGCACGAGCCCCGCUGCCAGCCGCCUGACUGCAGCGGCCAUGGGACCUGUGUGGAGGGGCGCUGCCAGUGCACGGGGCACUUCUGGCAGGGCGCUGCCUGCAACAAGCUGGACUGUGGCCCCUCCAACUGCAGCCAGCGCGGGCUUUGCACAGAGACUGGCUGCCGCUGUGAAGCUGGAUGGACGGGGUCCAACUGCAGUGAAGCCUGCAGCAAUGGCUCCUUCGGGGAGGACUGCGCCAUGAGGUGCCAGUGUCAGAAUGGAGCUGCCUGUGACCCAGUUGGGGGGACAUGCACCUGCCCUCCUGGCUUCACUGGACAUACCUGUGAGCAGGAGUGUCCCCUCGGCUGGCACGGGCCAGGCUGCCAGAGGCGUUGCGAAUGUGAGCACCAGUGUCCGUGUGACCCCCAGACCGGCAGCUGUAGCCUGGCCCAGGCGCCAGCCCUUAACAGCAUCCUCUCCCAAGUGAAGCAGUGUUUCCGGCCAUCCGAGGCCACCCUGAGGACAGGAGAACUCUCCCUUCUCACCGGAGGGCGUCACAGCUGAUGCUCACAGCCACUGAAGUGGUCUUCAGAAAUGGUGAGAAGGACCCCAGUCAUCAUCCCAGUUGGAGUUGAGUGGGGCAGGGCAUGGGGUUCCUUUCCCUGGCGGUGAGACUCAUGACCUAUUUUCUCAGCUCCUGGUACACAAGUGCCAAGCCUGAGGAAUUCACAUACUUCCUCAGCCACUUCCGGGUGCUCGUUGUGGUGGGCUUUAUGUCUGUUUUCUAGUGAGGUGGAUCUCAAACUUGACCUCUGGGAGGGUGCAUUAAAAGAGAUUGCUGGAUUCUAUCUCUGGAGUUUCUGCUUCAGUAAGCCGGGGGAGCCUGAGAAUCUGCAUUCCCGGUGCUAUCCCAGGUGAUGCUAUGCUGCUGGUAUGGGGACCCUGCUUUGAGAACUUCCCAAAGGUAGUUCACACCUCAUGGUCCAACCCUGGGUGCCAGCCCAGCCCCACCCGCGUUGGAGGUGGGAAUCAAGUGUGGGUAUGAAUGAAAAUCUCCUGGCAUUGUCCUUUGGGUCAGUCUCAUCAAUAAUGCAGGUCCCAGGUCCCUCCUGGAGGUCCUGACCUGGUGAGUCUGGGGUGAGGCUCUGAACGGCCAGAGCCACACCUGAAAAAAAAAAACAAAAAACAUAGAAAUGUGCUUUGAAAAUGCACCCAGAGCAGGGACAGGGGCCCCGGGAGCACCCUGGCCUCAGUCUUAAGUUCGGGCUCCUCAGUUGUGAGACUGAGCUCUUCCUCCCCAGUGCAGACAUAGAACCCAUUGGCAGCUGUCGGGGAAGGAAGGGGAGCCAUGGGGGGCUAACGACCAUCCCCCCCAGCAAUCUGCGUGUGUCUCUUUUUGUGUUGAGGGCUUUGGCCACAGAUUCACGUGAAGGAAUGCAAGGAUCAUUGGAAGCCCUCGCCAGCUCCACAGGAGGGAGGCAGGGGUGCUUUUCUCCACACUCUGUCUGCUUUGAGGUGUCUGGAACGGAGACCAGCCUUUGUGGUCCACAUCAUCAUUAGAUCCCCAACUGUAUUUUAUUUGGCCUGCAUAAUUUUAAAAAAUUUAAGAUUUAUUACAAUAUCUGAAAAUCAGUAACAUUGAUAUUUUUAAAAAAUUGUUUUCAUGGUUUCUCUUGAAAUACCAGGGGAUGUGGCCGUGCUGGCCUGCAUCCCACAUGGUGACUGUCACUGCUGCUCCUGGAGCAUGGGUUUGGAAUGUGCCCCUGGCCCUACCAGGCCCAUUUUGCUCCCGGACAGUCCCCUGGAGGUCCCUGACUUUGUGCCUCCCUUCUGGUGGAGGAGAGGGAGGGAAACCCCUGCAGCACUCCUCAACAACCGCCUGUUCUGGCUUUCUCUUCUGCACCCAGGACCACCUGGCUGGCCCUCACCUUGGCCCUAGUUUUCCUUCUGCUGAUCAGCACGGUGGUGAACGUGUCCUUGCUCCUUGGUUCAAGAGCAGAGC